AUGUUCUGGCCACGUAUACAAAAUGCCUGGAAUGGUGCGGUCGAGAAGCAUGCUUUCGCUGAUUUCACUCGUCUGUCUCACUUCUGCAAGAAAGAAGCGGAUACCUUGAUCACCCGCCUCUGCCAUCUACUCGUAGUCUGCCUCACACUACCGUUCAUCGAAACUAUAACAACUGACGGGACCAUAGCAAGUGCUCGGUUCUCUAUGUCAAGAUCGAUCUAUUUUACCGUCACAUUGGCUCCGCCUAUGUCGGACUAUUUGUUGUCAAACUUUUUGCAUAUCAAAACGAUGUGUUCCUAGAAUAGAGAGGCACCAAACACGCUAUGCUCUUCGCUGUCAAUGCAACAACUUCGCCGGACUCUGUCGACUUAUCAAACUUCAAUUUUGUUUGUCGCUGUGUUUAGAAGUCUUAACCACGUUCAUCACAGCGGAUCAUUAUAGUUCACUUCGCGCUUGUAUCCUGUUUAUCCUCCCAGGGCACCAAAAAGGGUUGCUCCGCUCUGUCUACUCGACAAUGUCCACUCGGAUCGAUGGAAGAGUCUGGAUGCAAGGUGACUUUU